UCUCAAUGGUUCUUUAGAUGGAAAUAAAUGUUCCAAAGAAGGUAAAUUGAGAUCACAUGGAGCUUUUCUCGAAUUACAGUCCAAGACUUGCACUGGUUGACAAAGUAUUAAAACGGAGUAAACAAAGUAAACCAAUGAUUGGACCCGAUGGUAGAUAUUUAUAUCCAUGUGAUCACUGCCAAAAGACAUUUUGUUCAUCCUCUGAUCUCAAUCGACACAUUGGAUUCCAUGAGAGUAAGGAUAUUCGUCCAUUUAAAUGUGAAUUCUGUGAUUACCAAAGUCGCACAAACAGUCAACUUAAAGUUCAUGUUAUGAGACAUGCUGGAAUCAAACAAUAUCUAUGUCAUACCUGCAACUAUAAUGGAGUAACCCAAUCUGAUCUGAAUCGUCAUCGGAAAACUCAAUCACACAAAUCAAGAGUGGAACAUUUGUUCAAUAUGUUCAUUGGGAUUUUCCACAGCGACAUUACUUGAAGAUCACAUAUUCAAGUUCCACGACAACAACAAUAACAACAGCGAAAGCCAUGGAAAUAAUGACAAACGAGGACUAUCAGCAAGUCCAAAAGAAUCCAAAAAUGGAUCGUGUUUAUCAUCUUCA